AUGCCGGGCCUCAUCACGGCUACCGGCGUUCUCGGCUUUUUGUCCGAUGAAGAGCCGGAGCUCAAGGUGUUUGCCUUGAACACGCUAAACGAUGACAUCGACACCGUCUGGACGGAGGUCGCAGGCGCUGUCAGCCAGAUCGAGUCCCUCUACGAGGAUGAGCAGUUCCCCGAGCGCCAGCUGGCCGCUCUGGUCCUUGCCAAGGUGUACUACCACCUCCAGGCUUACAACGAGAGCAUGUCGUUUGCCCUGGCUGCUGGGGACCUUUUCAAGCUCGACGACCCCAGCGAGUUCGAAGAGACGAUCAUUUCCAAGUGCAUCGACCGCUACAUUGCCACGUCAGUGGCCAACCACCAGCCAGCCCUCGACGUCCGCGCGAGCGUGACUCUGCCCUCAGUCGAGACCGGCUUCGGUGCGGCCGGCGGCGACGGCUCGACCCUCAUGUCGCCGACGACGCCCUUCUCCCAGUCGACCCUGCCGUCCAAGUCGCUCCUCUCGCGCGACUCGGUCGAUAACACCAUUUUGGACCCGUCCUUCCCGUCGGCCGAGACGAAGGAAGGCCGCUCCGGCUCCAUCGUGCCGCUCGCCGACCAGGCGACCAAGAAGGCCCUAGACCACAUCAUCGAGCGCAUCUUUGCCAACUGCCUAAAGGAAGGCCGGUACCGUCAGGUGGUUGGCAUUGCCGUGGAAGCCAAGAACCUCGAGGUGCUCAGCCGUGUUAUUAAGCGUGCCAGCGAGGACGCCAAGAGCGGCAAGGGCAAGGCGGUGCACGAAAACGGCCAGGACGCGGCCGACGAGCUGAUGGAGUACGUGCUCGGCAUCUGCAUGGACGUCGUGCAGGAGCGCGGCUUCCGCACGGAGAUCCUGCAGCUGAUCCUCUUCCUGCUCAACGACAUUGCGCACCCAGAUUACUUUGCCAUUGCCAAGUGCGUUGUGUAUCUCAACGCGGACCUGGAGGCGUCUGACCUGCUCCGUAAGCUGGUGGAGGAAGACGACCUGGAGCUCCGGGUGAUUGCAUACCAGAUUGCCUUUGACAUGUACGACAACGGAACGCAGGAGUUCCUGGGCAAGGUGAUGAGCGACCUGCCGCGGCGGGCGCCCAAGUCGGACAAGGCCAAGACAGACGAGGCCAAGCCGAAGAGCGGGGAGACGGAAGUGGAGGAGGGCGAGUCAGAUCCUCUGCUGAACGAGGAGGCGGACGAGCAGACGGCGGCCCAGACGGAAGAAGCGGAAAAGUCGGCGGAGAACAUUGCGGUGGCAUACGACAACAUCCGCAGCAUCCUGGAUGGCAGCACCACGAUCCGGCUCAACGUCGAGUUCCUCUUCCGCAACAACCGGGCUGACAUCAGCAUCCUCAACAAGGUGCGCGACAGCCUGGAGGGCCGCAACUCCAUCUUCCACACGGCGUUGACGCUCUGCAACGCAUUCAUGCACGCGGGCACGACGCACGACAAGUUCUUCCGUGACAAUCUGGAGUGGCUGGGCAAGGCGAUCAACUGGUCCAAGUUCACGGCAACGGCGGCGCUGGGCGUGAUCCACCGCGGCAACAUCACGCAGGCACGAAAGCUGCUGGAGCCAUACAUGCCGCGACAGGGCACGCUGCAGCAAGGGUCGCCGUUCAGCCAGGGCGGAGCGCUGUAUGCGUUUGGGCUGAUCCACGCGAACCACGGGUCCGAUGCGCUGGACUACCUGCGCAACGUGUUCGGAUCGGCCGAGGAUGAGGUGAUCCAGCACGGCGGAGCGCUGGGGUUGGGCAUUGCGGGCAUGGCGACGGGCGACGAAGAGAUCUUUGAGAUGCUCAAGACGGUGCUUCUGGGCGACUCGGCACUGAACGGCGAGGCGGUCGGGCUAGCGAUGGGCCUGAUCAUGCUGGGGACGGGCAACGCGGCGGCGCUGCAGGCCAUGUUUGCAUACAGUCACGAGACGUCACACGAGAAGAUCAUCCGGGGCUGCGCGCUGGGAAUGGCGUUGAUCAUGUACGGGCAGCAGGAGGGAGCGGACGGGAUGAUCGAAGCGCUGCUCAACGACCCGGAUCCAGCGCUGCGGUACGGCGGAAUCCUGACGGUGGCGCUGGCAUACUGCGGGACGAGCAGCAACAAGGCAGUGCGCAAGCUGCUGCAUGUGGCGGUCAGCGACGUGAGCGACGACGUGCGGCGGAUCGCGGUGAUGAGCCUGGGUUUCAUCCUGUUCCGCAAGCCGGAGAGCGUGCCGCGGAUGGUGGAGCUGCUGUCGGAGUCGUACAACCCUCACGUGCGAUACGGAUCGGCGAUGGCGCUGGGAAUCUCGUGUGCAGGCACAGGACUGUACGAGGCAAUCGACCUGUUGGAGCCGAUGAUGAAGGACCCGACAGACUUUGUGCGGCAGGGCGCGCUGGUGGCGCUGUCGAUGAUCCUGGUGCAGCAGACGGAGGCGCUGAACCCGAAGGUGACCGCGAUCCGGAAGACGCUGAAGAAGGUGGUGGGCGACCGACACGAGGAUGCGAUGACCAAGUUUGGCGCGGCGCUGGCGCUGGGGAUCCUGGACGCGGGCGGCCGCAACUGCACGAUCGGACUGCAGACCCAGACGGGCAAUCCGAACAUGGCGGGCGUUGUGGGCAUGGCAGUGUUCACGCAGUACUGGUACUGGUUCCCGUUCACGCACUUUUUGUCGCUGAGCUUCAGCCCGACGUCGGUGAUCGCUCUGGACCCGGACCUGGCGAUUCCGGACGUGCGAUUCCACUGUGCCUCGCGGCCGAGCCUGUUUGACUACCCGCCCGAGCAAGAGGUCAAGGCCGAGGAGGGACCGGCCCUGAUCGCGACGGCGAUUCUGUCGACGACAGCCCAGGCAAAGCGGCGGGCGCAGAAGAAGGAGCGGGCGGCCCGGCGCGAGAGCAUGGAUGUGGACGCGGUGACGCCGGCGGUGACAGCCAGCAGCGGCGGCGACAAGACGACGACGACAGCAACGACGGCCGACGGCGACAAGAUGGACGUGGACGACGACAAGACGGCGGCUGGCGAGGACAGCAAGGACGAGGCAGAGGAAGCGAUUGACGACAAGAAAGAGGGCGAGCCGAAGAAGAAGGCAGAGAAGGAGAAGGUUGGCUACGAGAUCUUCAAUAUGUCGCGAGUGCUGCCGGCGCAACUGAAGUACCUGAGCUUUCCGUCUGGACGAUACAAGCCGGUGAAGCCGCCUACCGGUGGCCCACUUCUCCUGAUCGACACACAAAAGGAUGAGCCUAAGACGCUGAUCGAGGAGAAGCUGAAGAAGGUGACGAUUGAGAAGGCGCCGGUGGCGGGUGCCCAGAACAACAGCAGUGGUGGUGGUGGGGGUGGAUCGGGGUCAGGAGCGGGUGGUGUGACGGCUGGCAGCCGCAGCGCGAUGCUGCGGGACCUCUCGCAGGCGCUGCAGGCACCUCACGAACUGCGGGCGAUCACGGAGCUGCUGACGCAGAGUGGCGGCAUCAACAGCGCCAGCACGGCCAGCCGGGCAGCGGCAGCCCGCAGCGCAGCGCGGCUGUUUGCGGGACUUUGA